AUUAAACCUGGAGCAUGAGAAUCAAUUAUCCGAAAUUCAGAAGUAGAAAUUUCACCUCUGACCAUUAAUAGGAUUAGCCAUGGCAUUUAUAACAUGACCCAAAUAAGUCUCGCUCAUAGCUCACUGGUUGUCGGUGAUGAUCUUUAACAGAGAGAAUGUCUCACUUUUAUUCAUGCUUUUUAACUUCUGCGGGGAUAGAGGCGAGAAUAAGAGCAAAGAAAGAUUGGGACAGAGCCCAAAGAUUGGGACAGAGAGUGGUGGAUAGGGUCUUGAAGUUGGAACCAGUUUCAACCUUGUCCAUCUUCCAAACAACGAGUCAACCACCCUCCUUCAGCUUCCGCAUAGGAAACUACAAUCAAGGUCGUGCAAUGAACACAAUUUCUCAGCCAUUCGAGGCUUCGGAAAUAGACGGAAAUGGAAAAGGAGAAGAGGAGGCGGAGGAGUUUCAAUUUCAAUUGGAGGAACGCAGGUUACAGAAGAAACCAUUCAGCAUGGCAAUACCUGAAUUCAUUCAGGAACAGAGGUCCUCCUGUCAUAGCAACACGGGGUUAACAAAGUGUAGCAAUUACAAGCAGGAAUCACUGUCAACCGGCAAGGAGAUUCGUUUCAGGGGAGUGAGGAAGCGUCGGUGGGGACGUUACGCCGCCGAGAUCAGAGAUCCGAGGAGGAAUAUCCGUGUUUGGCUUGGCACCUUUGAUACUGCCGAGGAAGCUGCCCUGGCCUACGAUAAUGCCGCCCGCCAGUUGCGCGGCAUGAAGGCCAAAACCAACUUUCCCUGCAAAAACUUCGACGACAACGCUAACUGUAAGAAUGUCGAUAGUAGUCUGAGUACCAGGCAGAGUAGGGUGGGAUUGAAAAAGGGAAAGGAAAUAGACAUAGAGUCUGAUAUAGAGGAAGUUGGGGAUAAUGAAGAUAUUAUCGAAGAAAAUUUGGUGGCGUAUGAAUGGCCUGAAGACUUGGCGUUUUCGUCAGAGGAUAUGCAGUCUUUUGUUACAAGUGAGGAGGAAGAAUUACACCUGUCUGUAAGUAAGGCACAUGGCAUGCUAGCAGACAUAGAAACAGAGGAUGAUGAACGGCCAUUUCGUGUUGAAAGAUACACCAAUAUGAGUUCCAAGCAAGGUGGAGAAGUGUUGACAGAGAUACCAAAAGGAGACGAAUGGAUUGCUCCAAAGAUAAGUGCAACCAUUUGUAAAUCUGCGGACAUAGAAACAGAGGAUGAUGAAUUGCCAUUUAGUGUUGAAAGAUACACCAAUAUGAGUUCCAAGCAAGGUGGAGAAGUGUUGACAGAGAUACCAAAAGGAGAUGAAUGGAUUGCUCCAAAGAUAAGUGCAACUGUUUGUAAACCUGCUCUCCCAGAAUCUCCAAACUGCCCACUUCUGGUCGCUCUAUCCUUGGAAGGUAGCAAAGCUCUUAUGGCUAUCCCUUCCUCAUUCUUUGAGCAAAUGCCUAUCCUUACACGCUUGAAUUUGUCUCAUACUAGUAUCAGGUCUUUGCCCAUGUCUCUUUUCAAGUUGGUUUCACUUAAAGAACUCAGUCUAAGGCACUGCAAACUCUUUACGGAAUUGUCACCACUAGUUGGACAACUUCAUAAUCUUGUUUUGCUUGAUCUUGAUGAGACUCAAAUUGCUGAAUUGCCAAAUGAGAUCGGAAAACUUUCCAAUUUAGAAAUUUUGAGAUUAUCCCUUGAUGGAUACAUGAACUGUGGAAAGCAGCUGCAACAAAAUGUAUUAAUUCAUCCUAAGACCAUUAAAAGUCUCUCUCAGUUGAUUGAAUUAAAAAUUGAUGUGAAUCCGGAUAAUGAGGACUGGAAUGCGGUUGAGGAAGUUGUUGUAGAGGAAGCCUGCAGCUUGGAAAGAUUGAAGUGUCUUAUAUUAUACCUUCCAAACGUCCAAAUUUUGGGAAAACGCAGAAUAGGCUGCACAUCACUCAGCUAUUAUCCCUUGUGUAGGUUCAGGUUUACUGUUGGGCAGCAUAGACAGCGCAUCAUCUGCCGAGUACCGAAAAAGGUUGAAACUUACUUUCAAGAGUGGGACAAAUGCUUGAAAUUUGUUAAGGGCAAUGAUAUUUCAAGCGAGAUGAAAAGGGUAGUUGGAUACACAAAGGCAUUCUACCUUGAACGUCAUGCCUCAGCUACAAGCUUGUCUGAUUUUGGGAUCAAGAAUAUGAAGAAUUUAGAGUUUUGCUUAUUGACAGAAUGUAAUGAAAUCCAGACCAUCAUAGAUGACGGAAAGCCUUGUGAACAAGAACAAAUCGGUAUAGUUGAAGAUGAGGUAAUCAAUCAUGAGUCUGGAGGUGAGGCAUUUUCUGCCCAAGAACAUGUACUUUUGAAUCUACAGUACUUGCAUAUCUAUUACCUAAAGAAUUUAGUGAGCAUUUGGAGAAAUCGCGCCGGUGAUAAGCCAUGUCUAUCUGGCUUGAAAGUCCUAGAACUUCAUGUGUGCGCCAAAUUGGAAGUCAUUUUCUUACCAGCUUUGCUUAAUAAUUUAGGCAAGUUGGAAGUUCUUAUUGUUGAUGACUGCCCUGAAUUGACCAGUGUAGUAAGCCCAACAAGCAAUGCAUCCUUUAAAUCUGCACUAGAUUGUUUUUUGCCUAGCUUGAAGAUGAUGUUACUUCUUUUCCUUCCGAAAUUGGAAAGCAUUUCUAGUGACUUUCACAUUGCACCAAAACUGGAAAAAAUAGGCUUUUAUGAUUGCCCAGAGCUUAAGGGCCUUUCUAAAAGGGAAAUGUCGAGUGAAAAUUUAAAAGUGAUCAAAGGAGAAAGGGAGUGGUGGGAAGCAUUGGAGUGGGAUGAAUCAGAGUGGGAGAGUCAGCCUGAUUAUCUCCAUAGCAUUUUCUCCUCGAUUGAUGAAGACAAUGAUGUGAUGACACAAAUGGAAGAGAUAUACAACUCCAUGGAGCAACAAAACAAGAAUGCAAUUCGAUAGCCUGGUCUUCGCGCAUACCAUAAAUCUAGGAAGCAGAUGCAUAACCAAGACAUCAUUGCUGUUGGUUGCUCAGAUCGCAUAUGAAGUCACAGAGGCUAUGCUGAAUUUAAGCUGUCAAAUUUGGCUAAUAGUUUGUAUCACAAAAAUUAGUCAGUGUGGAACCUCCCCAUUUGCAUUUCUUUGAAAUUUAUGUAAUCCAUAUCUACUACUUGAUACUGAAGACAUAUUUUUAAGAUAUGUAUCUUAAAGUAAAUUCUAAUGUCCUGA